AUGAUGAAAUUCGUCAAUUCGGACACGACGACUAUGUCGUUGCGGCACGGUGAACAAUAUGAAAAUUGUUCGGAGCUGCUUAUCGAAUCAGGUUAGUGUGCUGUGCCAGCAGAUAUGACAUCGCUCGAAGAGUUGGAUCCGGCUAUACUGAGCUGCGGUUUGCCGGCCAUCGUACUAAACGAAGAGGAUUUAACCACGACGAACGCAUCGACGACGGCGACACCAAAACCGCAUCCGUCGUCCCUGAGGGCUUCUUGUUCCUUCAACGUCGCUGCCGCCGCGAGCGUGAUCCGCUACACGGUCGCCCAUUUGCUGGCCCUCAGAAAGAGCCCGUUCUCCCAUCGACGCCCGGCCGCAAUCGACGAUCCGCGCACGGCACAGUAUCCGAUCUGGAGCCGCACCGGUUUCACCCAGGACCGGGUACGCCGGGUGAGCGGUGGCGAUGAGGAGCUAGGCCUUCUUGGUGGUGGUGGUGGUGGUGCGUACGGUCGCAAACCGAACGAUCGUCAACGCGACAAUGGCUUCAAUCCGCCAAGAUUUCGACGUAAUCAUGAGUUUAGCAACCGGAACCAUCACGUGAUCGUAAAGAGCUACAAUUCAAGCGACCCGUGCGGACAUAAUGGUGCGUUGCGCCUCCACGAUACGAUCAUCGAGGAGGAACCGGAGUGGGUAGUCGCUGGUCCAACUUCCCGCCUGGAUACGAUUGAGUUGCGCGGUUUCGAUGAGGACGUGAGCCGUACGGUGGUGGAAUCGUUAAAGACAUCACCGGUGUGCGGAAAACAGCGUGGCGUCUUCUUCGACGAGCUGCUACACUACGAACAUGUGCAUCCAAAGCAUGGUGGUGGCAAUAGGCAUGACAUUUCGGGUGGUGCUGGUGAUGGCGAGAGUGUGUCCACUUCAAACAAUGGUUCUCCACCACCGGCUCGCAGCACUCCGACGAAGGACAUGAACAAUAACAGCGGACAUGGAAGGAAGCUAUCGGGGAACGGGGUAGGCUGCUCCGGAUCAUCCGGUGGUGGUGUGAACGUUUCCAAUUUUGAGGAACUUAUGAAGUUUGAUUCGAUUCUGGGCGAUUCGGGAGAUUCGGCUAGUUCGCGGUUCAGCAAGUACUACCAUCGGGGUGGGGUUGUUCCUGGGCCGAACUCUACUGGAGGAGGACAUCAUUAUCAGCAUCAUUACACCCAGCAGCACCAGCAGCAACAUCACGUCCGUUUCGCACUCGAUCGGAACACCCAUCACUACAGCAAUUCGUCGCAGCCACAUCAGCACCGGCAGGCCGGUUCGGGACGUUUGUCUAUGUCAUCUCUUCAGCAUCCUCCUGCCGGUGUUGAAUCGUUCUUCCCCGGUGGAUCCACCGGUACCGCAACAACUUCCACAACACCGUCCGCCGGUGACACAAAAUCCUUCCAGCGGCUGUUGGAAAUGUUGGCCGCCCAGAACCAACGCAAUUAUCAACAGCAUCAGCAACAGUAUUUGCUGCAGCUACUCCAAAACUGUCAAGAGACGGAAACGCUCCGCCAAAUGUUGCUAAAGAAAUGUUCGCUCGAGAAUGCAACGGCGGCCGCUUCGGCUAACUUUGCCGGUGGACAGCAAAAUCAGCGCAUCCCAACGCAGGCUGAACUGCAGCAACACACGCAAUCGAUCAUGAAGCAGGCACUGUUGCGUAAGAAGAUCGCUGAACAGAGCCGGUACUUGUUGGAGCAGCAGCAGCAGCAGCAGAACGGUCAGGAACCGAUACCGGCUGUACAGCAGCUUAUUCAGUCGAUCUGCCCCAACGUACAGCGCAGUCUGUCCGCUUUGGCCGGUAAUGGACAGCAGCAAGUUGGUGUGGAUGGUAGAAAUGAACCGGGUUCGGUUGGACGAGGUUCUCUGUUUGCUGGAAGCAAUCGUGGCCAAAUGAGACCUACAAACAGACGCUACUAA